AUGACGGAUCUCAACACCCCCGACUCUUUCCCAGUCACGCCUGAUGGCUUAGUCGAUAGAGAUGGACUGAGCAGCCCCGCGUCGCCUGGCUCCGCCGACUCUUCCGAGGCCAGCACCCCGCUCGAAGGGCCCCUCGACAGCGCUCCAGAAUUUCCCAAACGCGUACCUUCACUGCGAACCGUCUCCGAUCCUCAAAAUAUGACACCUUCUUCGACGCCUCUUGGCCUGUUGAGCAACGCUCGCCGGCCACCUCCUACCGCCUCCAUGAUGAGCAUGGGCAGCGGCCCAAUGAACGAAGUCAUGGCGAGGGCGCGAGCGCUCCACGCUCAGCGCAUGGGCAAGCCUGCGGGGUCACAACCGUCGCCCAACUCCAUGGCGAGCUCGCCGGUAUCGCCGGUGCCUCGCCAAGGCUCACCCGGCGGUUUGCCUGGAGGGAUCCCGGGCAAUCUUAAGCUACCGGGUGGCAUGUCCCGACCGACUGCCGGUGGCAUGCCCCGCUCUGCCCCCGUCAUCCAGACGAAGCCAUCGCUCGCCGCCAGGCGUGGGCCUAUGAUGAAGUUGUCAGAUAUGAGCGGUUCUUCACCUGGGUCUUCGACGCCAAAACUCUCCGAUAUCCACGGCUCCGACAACAACGGAGGCGCGCCCAACGGAACGACGGGGUCUAAGAUGGACGAUUUCAAAAAGUACAUUGAUUCAGAGAAGGGCUGGAUCACGUUUGACGGCGCCGCGACCAUCACCAAGACUGGUGUCAACUUUGCCAAUGGCACCGCCUUCACUAUUUCUCUGGACGAGGUCGAGGUCAUGGACGAGCUGGGCAAGGGAAACUACGGUACCGUCUACAAAGUCAAGCACACGAAGCCGAAAGUACCUCGUUUCGGGUCUGGGCUGGGUGGGUUCAAGCACGCGAGCCUGGGCACGGCGCAUUCGGACCCCUCACCCAUUAGGAAAGCCGACGGGUCCGCAGACUCGUCGCCAGUGUCGGCGGCGCCGGAGGGCACGUCAGGGAGAGUGAUGGCCAUGAAGGAGAUCCGACUGGAGCUGGAGGAGGCCAAGUUCACAACGAUCCUGAAGGAGCUUGUCAUCUUGCACGAGUGUAUAUCACCCUACAUCAUCGAUUUCUACGGAGCCUUCUUCCAAGAGGGCGCGGUUUACAUGUGCAUUGAGUACAUGGACGGCGGUUCUAUUGACAAGCUGUACGAUGGCGGUAUCCCCGAGGGCGUGCUACGGAAGAUUACCUACUCGACAGUGAUGGGCCUCAAGUCUUUGAAGGACGAGCAUAACAUCAUCCACAGAGAUGUCAAACCCACAAACAUCUUGGCCAACUCCAGAGGUCAGGUCAAGAUCUGCGAUUUCGGUGUCAGCGGAAACCUCGUCGCAAGUAUCGCCAAGACCAACAUUGGCUGCCAAAGUUACAUGGCCCCUGAAAGAAUAUCGGGAGGUGGAAUGGCAGCUGGCGCCGAUGGCACCUACAGUGUGCAGAGCGACAUCUGGAGCUUGGGCUUGACGGUCAUUGAGUGUGCUUUGGGACGGUACCCCUACCCGCCAGAGGUAUCGUCGACGAUUUUCAGCCAACUGAGCGCUAUUGUUGAGGGCGAACCCCCAGGUCUGCCCGAGGAGGGAUACUCCAGCACGGCGCACGAUUUCGUCCACAAGUGUCUCAACAAGAUUCCCAAGGACCGCCCGACGUACGCCGCGCUGCUUCAACACCCCUGGAUGGCACCCUUCUCCAAAAUCGAAACGAUCGCCGAGGAGGCUGAGGAGGGAGAUGAGGCCGAAGCCGUGGCAGAGACCGUUGGCAAACUCUCGCUAUCAUCCGGCACCGACGAUGAGGAAGUUGCGGAGUGGGUCAAGUCGGUGCUGGAGCGCAAGCGGUCGGGUCUCGUCGCCCCAGCAUCACGGCCGGCACUCCACGCCGCACCGCUGGACAGCGUCAGCCCGAGCGUGAGCCCUCUGGUUGGGGCGGGCGGUCCGUUGCAGUGA